AUGCGUCGGCCAACCUCUUUGGGUCUUGAUGGAAUUGCCUCUUCUUCCUCGUAUAUUACCGAUGAAAUCAGGUCCAUCUGGUCCUCUUUAGAAAAGGACCAUCCCUUUCUUUUGUCCAAUUUGCAAUUCAAAACCUCUUCAAAAGCAAAAAUAGUCAAAGAUUUUAAAUCAAACUACGAAUCAACUCACUCCUUCGUUGACCAUAACGACCCCACACUAUCCAAUUACAAUUUGAGAAUAAAUUCGAAUGGCCCUCUUUCUUUAGGAGUUGACACUGUUAAACAAUACUCGGGUUAUUUAGAUGUUCAAGACGAGGAUAAACAUUUUUUCUAUUGGUUCUUUGAAAGUAGAAAUGAUCCCAAAAAUGAUCCAAUUGUUUUAUGGUUGAAUGGUGGUCCAGGUUGUUCAUCUUUAACUGGCUUAUUUUUUGAACUAGGCUCCUCUUCAAUCGAUGCAAAACUACAACCUGUUUCAAACCCCUUUAGUUGGAACAAUAAUGCUUCUGUAAUCUUUCUCGACCAGCCUGUUAAUGUUGGUUACUCUUAUUCUUCAAAUUCGGUUUCAAGCACUAUAGCAGCUUCAAAGGAUGUCUUGGCUUUCUUGAAACUAUUUUUUAACAAAUUUCCCCAAUACUCUCAUUUAGAUUUCCAUAUUGCUGGUGAAAGUUAUGCUGGUCAUUAUAUUCCUAUUUUUGCUUCUGAUAUUCUUGAUCAACAAUUGGCUCCAAACUCAAAUUUAAAUUUCAACCUCAAAUCGGUUUUAAUUGGUAACGGUUUAACUGAUCCGCUCACUCAAUACAAGUAUUACGAACCAAUGGCCUGUGGUGAAGGUGGUGAACCUUCGGUGCUAACUCCUGAUGAAUGUGAUCAAAUGUUGCAGUCCGAACCAAGAUGUCUAUCGUUAAUUGAAUCUUGUUACAAUUCUCAAUCUGUUUGGUCGUGUGUUCCUGCUUCAAUUUAUUGUAACAACCAAGCCUUUUCAGCUUAUCAAAGAACCGGUAAAAACGUUUAUGAUAUGAGAAAGGACUGUGAAGGUAAUUUAUGUUACAAAGACUUGAAAAAUAUUGACAAUUAUUUAAACCAAGAUUUUGUUAAAAAUGCUGUUGGUGCUGAUGUCGAUUAUUACGAAAGCUGUAAUAUGGAUAUUAACAGAAAUUUCUUGUUUAAUGGUGAUUGGAUGAAACCUUAUCACAACGCUGUCACUAAACUUUUGAAUCAAAAUUUACCUGUUCUAAUUUACGCUGGUGAUAAAGACUUUAUUUGCAAUUGGCUAGGUAAUAACGCUUGGUCAAAUGAUUUGCCAUAUAAACAUCACACUCAAUACUCUGCAAAGUCUUUACAAAAAUUUAUUACAAAUGAUGGCGAAGAAGCUGGUGAGUUUAAAAAUUAUAAAAAUUUUACUUUCUUGAGGUUGUUCAAUGGAGGUCAUAUGGUUCCUUACGAUCAACCUAAUUCUUCAUUAGAUAUGUUCAAUAGAUGGAUUUCAGGUGAUUAUUCAUUUGGUGACUAUUAA